ACCGGGCUGCUGCUUCUGGGAGCCAGGCAGAGGCAGAGAUUGAAGAGCCACCCGAUAAACUCCCCCGUGACUCCGCUAGAAUGUCGACAAUACCUUAUAAGCAGUCUGUGUUGAGGGCUGAGGAGCUGAAAGAGAGAAGCUAUUUGGGUCUUCCAAAUCAGCUGCUGCCCACUCUGGAGGAGCUAAGCACAGAGGAGUUGAGGAGAUUUCAGUUGUACCUGACUGGUGGCCAGCUGCCUGUUUUGCCUCCUGUCCCAGAGAGCCAACUGAAGAGGGCUGACAGGCGGAAGACAGUGGUAACCCCCCAUAAAUACAGCCCUGAGAAUGCUGUGAAGAUCACAGUGGGCAUCCUGAGAAGGAUGAACCGGAAAGAUCUCAUUGAAAAGUUAGAGAGAGAUCACAGAGGGAGCACCCAUGCUUCUGCCUCUACACUGCCUCACUCUGCUUCCUUUGUUGGGCAGUCCAGCAUCUUGACAAGUCCCAGUCAGAGAGCAGAAGGGACUUUGCAGCGUGGAACCUGUCUGGUGAGAGGCUUGGAUCUCUUAAAGGGGGGGUCAGCGAGGAAGAGGAGGAGAAGGUACAGACCGAAGAUUCUGACUGGCAGUCUGAAGAAGAGAAAGCAAGAGGGACCCACAAUGCUCUCUGUCCCAAAUCUUCUACUGGUAACUCUAGAGAAGCUGAGCAGAGUCAAGCUGAAGAGAUUUCAGUGGCAUCUGACUGAGGAUGUUUUGGACAAACUUCCUCCCAUUCCAGAGAGCCAGCUGAAGAACUCUGACUGGCAGGACACAGUGGAUCAGAUCAUGCAGACCUAUGGCCCUGAGAAAGCUGUGGAGAUCACAGUGGUGGUCCUGAGGUUGCUGUACCGGAAGGAUCUUGCUGAAGUCUUAGAGAGAUCUCAUAGAGGAGCCCAGGGUGCAUUGCAUGGUAAAGUUGCGAAUGACAGACUCAACUCUUUGAGGCACACCGAUCUGCAGGAUGAACAUGGUGAGAUUGUUGACUCCUAAAUUGAUAGUGCAGUUUGUUUAGGUGAUUUUACAGCUAACUAGCUACUUCACAUGCUGAUAUUGACUUUCGUAUUAUUGUGUGUUGCUACGUUAACUAGCGAGCUAACCAGCCA